CACUCUUUCAGCCCUUGAAUAAAAACUGCACCCAACUUCCCAGGCGCCCUCAUUGCCCAGCCGGACCCCAGCCCCCGAUAGGCUCGGGCCGCCUAGCUCGCCCCGCGCUCCGCCGGCCCCCGCCCAGCGCACCGGAUCCCCGCUCGCCCCCUCGGUUCGCUCGCACCAUGGACAAGUUUUGGUGGCGCUUAGCCGGGGGACUGUGCCUCUUGCAGUUGAGCCUGGCACAGAUCGAUCUGAACAUAACCUGCCGAUAUGCAGGUGUGUUCCACGUGGAGAAAAACGGUCGCUACAGCAUCUCGAAGACGGAGGCUGCUGAUCUCUGCAAGGCUUUCAACAGCACCCUGCCCACCAUGAGCCAGAUGGAGAAAGCCUUGAGCAUCGGGUUUGAGACCUGCAGGUACGGGUUCAUAGAAGGGCAUGUGGUGAUCCCCCGUAUCCACCCUAACUCCAUCUGUGCUGCGAACAACACAGGAGUGUACAUCCUCACAUCCAACACCUCCCAGUACGACACGUACUGCUUUAAUGCUUCAGCUCCACCUGGAGAAGAUUGUACAUCGGUCACACACCUGCCCAAUGCCUUUGAAGGACCAAUUACCAUAACUAUUGUUAACCGUGACGGCACCCGCUAUUCCCAGACGGGUGAAUACAGAACUAACCCGGAAGACAUCUUCCCCAGCAACCCCACGGAUGAGGACGUGAGCAGCGGAUCGUCCAGUGAAAGAAGCACUUCAGGAAGCUACAUUUUCCACACCAACUUUCCAACUGCAUACCCGACCAAGGACCAAGACAGUCCCGGGGUGUCCAACAACCCAGAGAAUACUGCCAUUACCAUUACUUCAACUGUGCACUCAAACAGCCACGCAGCAGCUCAGGAGCAAAAUAAUUGGAUGUGGUCCUGGUUGGGUAACUCACAGCCUAAGACUCAGGAUCACGCAGCAGCGACAACAGCAUUGAUGAGCUCUAGUGAUACAACUUCCAAAAUAGCAACCAAGAGACGAGAAGCCCAGGAUUGGCUUUCAUGGUGGUUUCAACCAUCAGAGUCCAAGAAUCAUCUUCACACAACAACGAUAAUGGCCGGUACGGACUCAAAUAUCAUCUCAGCAGGCUGGGAACCAACAGAAGAAAAUGAAGAUGAAAGAGACAAACACCCCAGUUAUUCUGGAUCAGGCAUUGAUGAUGAUGAAGAUUUUAUCUCCAGUACCAUUUCAACCACACCACGGCUUUUUAACCACCCAAAACAGAACCAGGACUGGACCCAAUGGAGCCCAGGCGAAUCGAAUCCAGGAGUAUUACUUCAGACAACUACAAGGAUGACUGAUGUGGACAGAAGCAGCACCAGUGCUAAUGGAGAAAGCUGGACCCAUGAACCACACUCUCCUCUCAUUCAUCAUGAGCAUCAUGACGAAGAGGAGACCCAGCAUUCUACAAGCACAACCCAGGAAAUUGCUAGUAAUGCAAUGGAAGAAACAGCUACCCGGAAGGAGCAGUGGGUUGAGAACGGAUGGCAUGGGGAGUAUUCCCAAUCACCAAAAGAAGACUCUCAUUCAACGGCAGGGACAGCUGCCCCAGCCCACGACAGCCAUCCAGAUCAAAGAAUGACAACUCAGAGUCAAGAGGACAGCUCCUGGACUUAUUUCUUCGACCCAAUCUCACAUCCAAUGGGACGAGAUCAUCAAACAGAAAGAUGGAUGGAUAUGGACUCCAGCCAUAGUACCACACUUCAGCCUUCUGCAGAGCCAAACACACCUUUGGCAGAAGACUUGGACAGGACAGGACUUCUUUCAAUGACGACUCAACAGAGUAAUAUUCAGAGCUUCUCUACAUCACAUGGAGGCUGGGAAGAAGAUAAAGACCACCCAAUGACUUCUACUCCAACACAUAGCAAUAGGACUGAUGGCAAAGGUGGAAGAAGAGGUGGACAUCUUUCCGAAGACUCAGCUACAUCAGUGGAAGGUUAUACUUCUCCCUCCCCAGCCACAAAGGAACACAGGACCCUCAUCCCAGUGACCCCUGCUAAGACAGGGGCCCCUGCAGUCACUGAAGUUAAUAUUGCUGGAGAUACCGACUCUAAUGUUAAUCGUUUCUUUUCAGAAGACCAAGAAGACCAAAACUCGCCAGUUCACCCCAGUGGGAGGUCCCAUACCACUCAUGGAUCAGAAUCAGCUGGACACACAAGUGGGAGUCAAGAAGGUAGGGCAAACACGACCUCCGGCCCUAAGCGGAAACCUCAAAUUCCGGAAUGGCUCAUCAUCUUGGCCUCCCUCCUGGCCUUGGCUUUGAUUCUUGCCGUCUGCAUUGCUGUCAACAGUCGAAGAAGGUGUGGGCAGAAGAAGAAGCUGGUGAUCAACAAUGGUAAUGGAGCGGUGGAGGAGAGAAAGGCAUGCGGACUCAACGGAGAGGCCAGCAAGUCUCAGGAGAUGGUGCACUUGGUGAACAAGGAGUCCUCAGUGACCUCGGAUCAGUAUAUGACAGCCGAUGAGACCCGGAACCUGCAGAAUGUGGACAUGAAGAUUGGGGUGUAACGCCUAUGCUGUGGUGACCUUGGAAAGAAAUGGCAGUUGGAGACAUAAUCAAUUCAAGGAGCUGGGACAAUUCACAGAUGCAAUGUGCUACUGAUUGUUUCAUUGGGGAUAUUUUUUUAGUAUAAAAUUUUCUACUCCUUUUUUGGUUUUUGUGUUUUGUUUUGUUUUUUUUUAAGUCAGGUCCAACUUAUAAAAACAGCAUUGCUUUCUGAAAUGAGGGCCCAAUUAAUAAUCCACAAAAAUUUGACUGUUCCAGUUCCCACCUAGAAGCCUCCACCCCUCUAGGGGUGCUAUGGAUGGCUUCUAGCAAAAGCCACAAAUACAUCUUCCUGAUCUCCAUUCUACCCUCCACACCCCCUCCCAGGCAACAGCCACCUGCUAAGGACAUCCCCCAGGGCUAAGAGGGAUUGGUCCCUAGGAGGAGAUUUGGGUCCUUAUCCCCCUCUCCUGCAGCCCAUUCCAUGGGCAUUUCUUUCCAGUGGGGUAGGGGGUCAGAAUGUACUGGUUACAUAUCCCCUUCUAAAGACGCCCCUGGAAAUUUUUCAGAUGCUUCUAGGGAAAUACCCAAAAGGUGAAGCUAUUUAUCUGUAGGAAGCUAUUUAUCUGUGUUUUUGAAAUAUUAAACCCUGGAGGUCCUUUGAUCAGUAUAAUUUUUUUUUUGAUUACUUUGUCAGAGGCAUAAAGGGUUUAAGCUGUUCAUAAUAAACAUCUGUACUUCUUCCACCAUAA